GAGUCCGUCUCCUACUUUCCUUUCUCAGUCCCCUCCAUGUUGGGUAAUACAAGCACAAAAUGACCUUGCCCAGGCAGAGAUUGACCUGCAUCGACAACAAGAGCAUCAUGCAACUGAGACUGAAUCUGUGAAGAAGGGUAUAGAGCGUGCAGUCCUGGGAGCACGCAGAGAGGAGCGGCGUCUGCUGGAGAGGGUAGAGCAAGACCACCGAGACACUCAGCAGUGGUUGGAGCAAGUCAAGAAGGAGAACAUGGCAGCAGUCCGGGUUAGCCAGUCUCUGUUAGACCAAAGGCUGAGCAAACUGGCCCAACUUCAACAAAAGAUCCAGGAAAUAGGUCAGCAGCCAGCUCUAGACCUAAGUGGGUCAAAUCAGCACCUGCUGCUGAAGGAGGUCACAGAGUUUCUACAACCGUGGGAAAUCUCUGUUUCCCUAAAGAAAGUGAACUUCAAGCCCAGCUCCCAACCAAACGCUGUCACCUUUGGAGAUAUCCGCAUGCAAGAGCAAAGUCUGUGUCUGCAUGUCGGAGGUUGUGGGCCACAGGGACAGAUGUGUGCUCUACAUUCAUGUGAGAUACAAUCUGAAGACACAAAUCAUCAAGGUGCUGGAAGAGAUAAAGGAGUCCUUGAACAGGGGUGGACCUCACCAACAGGCAGGGUUGUCAAAAAGAUCAGCCUCUCUAACCGAAGUGAUUUAGAAUCGUCGGAGGAUCAAACGAGGAUAUGUCACUGGCUUCCAAAAGGUGAACACAAUGAGAGGGAGUCAUUUCAAGAUGAUGGCAUGGAAUCAGCCUCCUUACAGCAACCACAGGAUGAUGUAUUUCUGGCCGUACCCACUGUACUCAAAAACAUGGAUACUGAGGGUAGGGAGCAGAUGCACAAGAUGAAUAGUAAUGGAAAACAUUACUCUCACAGGACCCAAAGGAGGUCACUCUCUGUGGUCUCUGGUCGGAAGCAAUCACCUUCACCAGAGAGAAGACAGGAGCAUGGUAAGCUGAGUUACCACAUGAGUUUAGACAGCCAGGGAGGUGAUAAAGGAAAGGUCAGUCAAAAUUUGAGGUAUGGCAACAGUGCUUUAACAUCCCCUAGGAUGACUCCUAGAGAGCCUCUGACCAGCCAAAGCUGCCUAGACCUUACCUCGAGAGGCCGACCUCAUUCCCGUCUAAGCCAGUCUUCUGAUGAACACUCUCAUGGUACAUUCGGAGACUCGGGCCGAGCCCCGUCACCAACUGACAGCCUUGACUCUAGUUAUACUUUCAUCGUUAGCCCAUCUCAUGACUAUAGCAUGAACAGAAGCUCUUUGAACCACAACAACCGUUUGUCCAAGUCUGCAGUGGACUUGACACACAAGACACGCCCACUGAUCAGUGGUGGUUCAAAUGAGCAGGUAGGAGUGUGGAGGGUGAAGUGUAGCAAAUUCAACUCCAUGUCGAGCUCGACUUCAGUCUCACCAAUUCUCAGUCAUAGCCCAAGGGUUCCUGAGAUGGGACAAACACUUUCUUACCCUUCUUAUAAAGAACAUCAUAUUAUGUCCCACCAACAGAAGAAAACUACAGUGGCUGGCUCAAGUCAGCCUCUUGGGUCUAGGUCUGUAUCCAUGUCUGUCAUAGAUGGUCUCUCACAAGAACCAAAGCACAUCAGAGGCGAAAGAGGAGAACCAGCCUUGGUGGAGUUGGAGGAGGAGGGAGACACAUCUUUUGCAGUAUUCAAUCCAGGAAGUCCUCAUUUGAUAAGGCAGUUUGGGAAGCAGGGAUCAGGUAGGGCCGACCUUACCCUGCCAAGUGGUAUCCAUGCCACACCGCAAGGCCAACUCUUCAUAGUCGACUGUGGGAAUGCACGUGUUCAGGUGACUGACCCUCGUGGCAAUGUCCUCCAGCAAGUGACCUCCCCAACUUCAGAUGGCUCUGCCAGACGAUGCCGGAACUACUUUGACAUUGCUGUCAAUGCCAAGGGUUUGAUUGCACUAAGCUGUGCUGCAGAACGGGCCUUACUGGUGUUCAGCCGGCAUGGUCGCCUGCUCCAGACCUUUGGAGGAUCAGGACUGGGCUCAGCAAAACAUGAACUGGAAGCUCCCAGAGGUGUGACAGUAACCAGGUUGGAUGAGUUCUUGGUUGCCGAUAUCCGUAAAGGUACUCUCGUUGCCCUCAAGCUUGACCCUAAAACAGGCUCUCGUAUUGAGCGUACAGUGGUGACUAGGUUUCAUCGACCCUACUUAGUGACAGCUUGUUUGAGCUCAGGUAUGGUAGCAGUGUCCGAAAGAGGCAAUGAAACAGGUCGCGUGCCUUGCAUCAAAGUCCUAGAGCCUGGCUGGAACACAGUGAGAAUUCUGGGUGUAUGUGCUGGUAUGGGACCGGUCCUGGUUUGCCCCUGGGGCAUCUGUAUAGAUGCAGAUGGUAACGUGCUGGUUGCGGACUGGGGGGAGGACCACAGAGUCCUGUUAUACCCAGCACAGGGAGUAGGAUGGCCCAUAAUAUACCAUGGUUUGAGUAGUCCACGUGGCCUGACAUUGCUUCCUGAGGGCCAACUUGCUGUGUCAGACAGUAUGCACCAUUGUAUUAAAAUAUACAAGUACAAAACUACCCAUGACUAGAGAAAGUCAUAUUUCAAGACUUCUGUGUAUAUAAAUGAUAUAUUUGUUUUUAUAUAUAUCUAUAUAUAAUGUUUAAAGGACACAGUGGAGAUAUAACCACUAAAAUAUUGUGUAUUUACUCUCAACUCUUUUCAUUAACCUAAGAUGUUUAGGUUAGAGAGCACAGAUACUAUCCACCUGGAUUUUUACGUCAAAUUUGUGUUUCACGAACAAUGAGGCAUUUUAAGUCCCUAAAAUCUUACAAAUAUAUAAAUAAAUGCUGUCACUGCUCUUUUCUGAUUAGAAAAGCUUGGUGGAUUUUUCCAGGACAGACUGAUGCAAGAAACAGUGUCAUUUGAAAUGAGUAAAUGUGAAACAGGUGUAAUUUGUACUGCUUGAUGUCUCAAAUCAGGAGAGAACACUGUCCUCUGUGAAACGUGUCUGUUAGCAAAAUGUAUCCAGGAGACUGUUGCAUAUUUGGGAUCAGACAUGUAUCGCAAAAAAUAUUAUAUAACAUCUUCAUGUUCUGAAUAGUUUCUAUUUGUAUGCCAGUGUCAUUCAAGAAAUGUAUCUACAUUUAUCUGACAGCUGUAUCUGCCUGGUAAAACACUACGUCAGUCUAGUUCUUUUAAAUAAUUCAUUUGCAAAAUUGUUUUUCCAGUUAGAUGCUUGUAUUGUUCAUCACUUUAAAAUGUUAAUCUAUCUUUAAACAUUUUUUUCUAUUGUUGUCCACUUGGAUUACAUUCAAAUAGUUGCAAUGCUCUGAUGCUCAAUAGAUAACAGUUGUGAGUGUUUUUGGAAAACACAUGCUGCAUUGCAACAGUUAAUAUCUCGUUGUUUGUGGCUACAGAAUAAGGAUGGGAUUAUUGUGGUAUAGAUAUGUCUAUGUCUGGAAACUCAACU